AUGGGUAGCACGCCCUCAACAAGUACGCACGCGACGUCUUCUCGUCCACCUUCUGGGGCCUCACUCCCAUACAUUAAAUCGGAAGAGUCUGUAAAGUUCGGUGAGAUGUCAAACUUGCGCUUGUCCUCAGCUCAGGCCACGAGUAAUUCACCUCAAGAUGAAAAGAGUGGCGUGAAUGACAACGGCAAAGUGUCCUCGAUUUCAUUGGUAAAGGAAGUCACCCAAACAAUGCCUAUCACACCCUCCCAGUCGUUGGGUAGCUCCCCAGCUCAUGAGUUAGGUUCGUCUGAUGAUACCUCUUUGUCGACAGGCCCGCUGUGGAAAGUGGUCUUAGCGGUGUGCCCGACCCUCUCGGAGGAGAUAUUGCCUGGUAUAUAUCUGCACGACCUCAACGAGGACAUCCGUGAGUACCCGAGAGUUCGCUCGGUCCUCAAUCAGCUCAAGGUCAAGUGUAAUGGACGCGGUAAGCCAGACAUUUUCCCCAUCUAUUUGGGCAGCGCGUAUCCUGAGCGGGCGUUGCUUGCAUCGCUGAAAUCAUCCGCAUCGGAGCUGCGCGCACGGACGCUUUCGAUGCGAGAUGAAAUGCCCUUUUUAUCCUAUCGCGUGGGUUCGAUUCUGCUGGCCAAUCUACACUCUCGGGUGGAGCAGGACGCGUCUUUUCAGUCCCUCUGCAGUAUUCGCCGUCAGAUCAUCCGAGGGGCGGUUGGCAAUGGCAAUCGGAAUGGCAUCGGCUACCCUCAACGUCUGGAGAGGGUCGAGCAGUGCCUCCGAGAUGCGGCAUCGCUGCUCGCCCGCACCAGUGGCUUUCCUAUGAUCAGUGCGGAAAAGGCGGAGGCUUCGAUCGCCAUCUUAUCGCAAUUCCAUCUCGACUCGUCCGACGUCAUCAUCCGGGAUGACGGCAGCAGCGGUACCUCUGUGGAGUUGAGCUUUAAUGCGAGUUCCACGAAGCAGACCUCGCCUGAGCUGCGCGCCCAGUUUUCUAUCACCCAUCCGAUACCCCAUUCGACCCCAGCCGCCGCUUUUUCCGCCCGCACGCGGGAAAAGGUCGUGGAGCCGAAAGGGUGGAAAUCCACGAUGCCUUCCAACCCCACGAGCACCUUCCCACCCAAGGAUUAUUCCACCCCGGCGGAGUUCGCGUCCUCGACGACGGCCUUCCGGCCCUCCUUCCCAGAGCCGCCCUCGCGAACCUCGGCGAUGAAGACCUCCUUUUCGCUCCCGUUGAUGAGCCAACAGGAGCUGGCACCGUUGUGGAAGCGAGGGUCGAAACCCUCCGUUCCGAUGCGCGCGACGUCCUCUUAUGGCGCGGGAUCCAAAUCCCAUCUUGUGAAUCACGACGUCGCCGUGCAAUGGCGAAAUCGCACCUUCUCGGAUAGCACCUCGCGAGAGGAAGGCAGCCAGGUCGCCGGGGCGGCCUUCUCGAACGAUCCCAGCGAGGCCGGUGGAAGGGAUGGGCGGGGUUCCUGGGUGAGUCAAAACCCCUCCGUGGAUGCGGCGAACCCGUCGGGGUUUACGACCAUUGCUCGAUCGCUCGUGUUUAACGGGGGUUUAACGCGGGCGUCGAAGACCUUGGAAAGGGGGCGGGGGAGCGGCGCCGCCGGGGUGGCGAUCACCCCGGCCGCGGGCGCCUCGCUUCGGGAGGUCUACCAACAGGCGUGUUUGGAGCACAAAAUGCGGCCGAAUACGGGGCUUCUUUACCUUCUCCCUGCGGAACCUUUUAAACGAUUGGCGAGCCUCGACCUCUCCGCGAACUACGUGGGCUCAAAGGGGAUCAUUCCGUUGCUGGUGGCGAUUAAACACAACGGGGAUGCCUUGCGCACACUUCGGCUUAGCCAUAACAACCUGGAGAACAUGGAGGUGAUGGAGGUGGUGGAUGUGCUCUUUAGCACCUCGGCGGGAAACUCCUUGACGGAUUUGGAUCUUUCCUACAACCCCAUCUCGCGCACCAGUGGGCAGGCGAUCUUAGAUUUGUGCAUCAAGAGGCCUAACAUCACAAACAUUUGCCUGGAUGGCACUACGAUACCACGACAGCUGCUCAAGGCGAUCAAUGAAACGGUAGGGAGGUCGGAUAUGUAA